AUGAAAACCGAAUUAUUAUUGCAACUUAACUUACUUUUAACGGUAUUAAUGGUUACCAUGUCUGAAGGAUCUUUUUUCGAAUAUCCUAAAAGAGUAUUAAUGGAUUUCUUACAAACAUUAAAGGAAAAGAGAGAAGCAAAGAAAAAACCUUAUAUAGAUCAUUACCAUUUCCAUUAUUAUCCAGUAGCAUACAUAUACGAACCAACGUUAAAAGCUCUCGGAAAGCACGAAUUGGAGGAAGUACACAACAACUAUCUUACAUCACUCGGAUGGUCCAAUCAUGAAUAUAAAUACGUACCUGAACCUAAAGUCAAAAUUCCUUUGAAUUUAUAUGAUUCGUGGAAAGACUUACACGAAAAUUUAGAAGCAGAACUAUUGGAAACAGUAGUCCGCAAUGAAGACGACGGUAUAUACGUUGAACUUCCUUUGAACCAAAAAAUAAUCAUCGAGCAUCCUAACACUGACGAAAAAUUAAAAUAUAGUCUAUUAGCAAAGUUUCGUCAAAAAAUCUUAGAUUCUAAAAAUUCUCUAUACUCAAAUACUGAAAAAGAAAUAGAUUAA